AUGCCUCGUCGAACAAGAGCAGAACUGCCAGAGGGCGAUACUGACUCUCUCAAGGAGAACUCUGCUCUUUCUAACGGCGUCAAGGAUUCGGUCAAAAAGGAGAAAGUAAACGACGGGAAAGGGAAAGGCAAGGCAAGACGUAUCGAGCCUGAACCUGUGGAUGAAGAGUCAGAUCAGACUCAGGCUGAUGACAAUGCCGAUGUCGACGCUGAUGGCGAUGUAGAUACUGACGGUGAUGUGGAUGCUGACGGUGAUCCCGAGAAUGUGGAUGGUUCUCCAAGAAGCCGCAAGCGCGCUCGCGUCAAUGCAGAGGGCGACUUUGCUCCCUCAACCCCGACCACCCCGAAAAGAGAGCAAGUAGCGACACUUCCUCGUGAUGCCGACGGUUUCAUCCCUGGUUCAAUUGUGCGCAUUCAGUUGCACAACUUUCUUACGUACGACUGGGUGGAAUUUCGACCUGGUCCAUACCUCAACAUGAUACUCGGUCCCAACGGCACUGGUAAAAGCAGUAUUGCUUGCGCAAUUUGUCUCGGACUCAAUUGGCCUCCGAGCAUCCUUGGUCGCGCAAAUGAGAUUUCUAGCUUUGUUAAGCAUGGCAAAGAGAGUGGCUACAUCGAAAUUGAACUUAAGGGUGCAAAGGGUCAAAAGAACCUUGUGAUUCGACGCAACCUGAGCGCCAAGUCCAAAAGCUCGACUCUGACUCUUAACGGAAAAUCUUGUACUGGAAAAGAAAUUACUAACCGCAUGGCGAAACUCAAUGUUCAAGUUGGAAACUUAUGGUACCUUGCCCUUUCUGUGCUAAGCGCUGGUUCUGACUGCGUGUAUGACAAGGUCUCCGAGUUUGCGCAAAUGACUCCGCAACAGUUGCUUAGAGAGACGCAACGUGCCGCGGGGGAUGUUAAUUUGUCGAAUUGGCAUGACACACUGAUUACCGCCGGCAAGGAGCUUAAGAAUCUCCAAGAUGUUUGUACCUUGCAGAAAUCCAGUGAUGAGCAAGAGCGGUUGAAGACAAUGCAAGAGCGUAAUUCCCAACUUGAGCGAGACGUUCAGCGUUAUCAAGAGCGCAAGCGUAUCGAGAAGGAUAUUGAUGUCUUAAAAGUGUUGAUACCUGUUAACGAAUACCAUGAAGCUAAAGAGCGCUACCAGAAAGCAAAAGACCGCCAACGGGAGUUGCACGCCCGGGUACGGAAACUGAAGGACAGGAACGCGCCCGCACACGCCAAGCUAGAGUAUGCUCUCCCUUAUGUUUUAUCGCCCAUCUACUCACAGACUUCAAGACAGCUCGCAGUUCAGCACAAGGAAUACGAGAAAGCACGUGAGAAAAAGAAGACUGCGUCUCGUCAGAAGUUCCAGCAGAUGAAGAACAAAUGGGGCGAGAAUGACAAGCUUGUUCCCACUCAGGAACGUGACGCCGAGGACGUUACCAGCAGACUUGACGGUCUCAAACGGGCAGAGAAGGAGCGCGUGAAGAAGAUCAAAGAAAUACAGGGGCACAAUGAAAAAUGGCAGAAAGAGCUUGAUAACCCACCCAAACUAGAAGACGUAGAAGCAAUCAAUGCUGAGAUGAGGAAAGUCAACAGGGAGCACAGCCAGACGACUACACGCAUGGAGGACUUGCAGGAGCGACAAAGGAAGAAUGUCGAUUCGUCCGCCGCCCAACAGGCGAACAUCAGUGGCGCGUUGGACCAGCUGAAAAACCUGGAAGACGAGCGCCAUCGUAAACUCGAGAAAUUGCGGCUCUGGGAUAGAGAUAUGGCCGAUGCAGUCGUGUGGCUUCGUAACCACCAGGACAAGUUCAAGAUGGAGGUGUUUGAGCCCCCUAUGAUAUGUUGCACCGUUCCGGAUCGACGCUAUACCGAUGCUAUAGAGGCAUGCUUUAAUCAGGAUCAGCUCAAGAUCCUUGUUACGCAAUGCGAGGAAGAUUAUGCUGCCCUCAAUAACUACUUGAAUGACAGUGAACAGGCCGGGCUCCGAAAGGGUGCGCGUAUCAACGUCUGGUUCAGACCCAAGGUGGACGUGAUCCCUCCUCCCAUGAAUGAGGCAGAGUUGAAGGCACUUGGUUUUGAUGAUUAUGCGAUCAACAAGAUUGAGUGCCCUGACGGCCUUCUGUGGUUCCUUACGCGAGAGGUCAAUUUGCAUCGCACCGCUAUUGGUUUGGAUGCUUCUAAGGUCGAUGUAAAUGCUGCUAUGGAAGCUGUUUCCCGAGAUGGUGGCGGGGCAAAGUUCAUCGCGGGAAGGGUGAUGAACACGGUUUCACGAUCUCGGUAUGGAAAACGAGCAGCUGCGAACAUGACGAAGGACCUCCGUCCAGCUCGGAAUCUUGUCAACAGCACGAUCGACCCUGAGAUCAAAAGGAAACUCGAUCAGACUAUCCAGGAGGCCAGACAGGCUCUUGAAGUCAUCAACGAAGAUGCAAAUAACCUCGCGGCAGAGGAGCGUGAGAUCAGGUCCGAGGAAGCACUGUUCAAGAAGACAUUUGACGCACUCGAGGCACGAAAGAAGGAUGUUAAUAACCAGAAGAGGCGUUUGGCUACGCUCGCAGCUAAAAUCGAGACCAACAAGAACAAGCUGAAGGAUCUUGAGAAUGCACCCUCCGUGGAGGAUGAACGAGCGAAGCUCAAGAAGAAGUUGUUUGAAAUAUCCAAGAAGCGUGUUAGGAUUGUAAAGGAAUACACGCAACUAAUUCGCGCUGCAAUUGCUGAUCAAGUAGAAGCAACCCGCAGUGGACUUGAAUUUCUCCAGGUCGGCGCAAACAAGAAUGCACUUGAAGUGCUGUGCCAAGAGAAGGAUGAAAAGUACCAACGGGCUCUUGCCGAGUUCGAAGAAGCUGAUCAAAUAUUCAUUGCGACAAAGGCCGACGCGAAGAGUAAACGGGACAUUAGUCUGGAGCUUGUUAGGGGCAUGGACGAAGAAUUCCAACAACAAUUUGCCAAGAUGGAGAUGGAUGGUUCGGUUCACGACCGGAGCGUGAAUGACCUGCGGAAGGCACUCGAAGUUCAGCGCGCCAAUCUCGAUAUGAUCUCGCAGACGAACCCAGGCGUUGUUGAGCAGUAUGAGCGGCGAAAGAAUGAGAUCGAAGCUCUGACAAAAAUUCUGGAAGACCGGGAGAAGGAUACCCGCAGAGUGGAACGAGAAAUCAAGAAUGCCAGAGACCGAUGGCAACCUGCUCUCGAACAGCUUGUCGCUAGCAUUGGGAAGAAAUUCUCUGCUGCAUUUGAUCGCAUUGGUUGUGCAGGUGAAAUCCGGAUCAGCCCCCAUGAUGAUUAUGACAAGUGGGCGAUCGACAUUCUCGUCAAAUUCCGUGAUAACGAGAAGUUACAACUUCUGACGGGACAGAGGCAGUCUGGCGGCGAACGGUCACUCACCACUAUCUUGUAUCUCAUGAGUUUGACUGAAGAGGCCCGAACGCCGUUUUCUCUUGUUGACGAGAUUAACCAGGGCAUGGAUCAACGCGCCGAGCGCGCGGUGCACAAUUCUUUGGUUGAGGUCACAUGCAAGCCUGACAGCGCCCAAUACUUCUUGAUCACCCCUAAGCUACUUCCUGAUCUCGAUUAUCACGAACGCAUGAAAGUUCUUUGCGUCAACAAUGGAGAGUGGCUUCCCGAGACGCCAGGACUGGGUAAUAUGAAUCGCCUGAUCGAGAGUUUUGUACAGCUGAACCGUGACCGUGUCUCCCGAGACCGUUCCUUCCGAGCUGGUUGA